CUUGAGUUGGGCUGACGCUCAAAACGUCGACGUCUACAUGUUGCAGGAGAAAUCGAACACUGAAGAUUGCUACUCGACUCCGCCGCCUUGAACGUAUCCUUCGCACUACGAUUUUCCCGCGAAGGAGCCACUCGCACUAGGGGCGGCAGCCGAAAGAGUAAUCGAACAUCUGCACGCAGCUGCUGUACACGUGCGACAGCCGCUCUUCACCUUCUUGGCCCGACGAAUGCAUCCAGAAUGACUGAGGAUGAGAAUCAUCUACAGAUCCUUGAUCUCGGGCUCUUUCGCUACUACUAGCCACGCUGGUGCCGUGUGGCCUCCAUCGACGAGCCAUACGCCUACAUAAGGGGCCAGCUCUCACCUCCCUUCCCUCACUGAAACACAUUUCCCUCAUAGUAAACUCCCACUGCUCGCAAGCAUGUCCAAGACCGACAGCCAGACGCAGAGCACCUCCACUGGUUCACCAUGCAGACCCACCACGAAGGACCGCGCCCGCCUUGUCACCCGGCAAUGGCUGCGCGAUCCCUCUGGUCCUCCUCUCCCGCGCCCACCCCCGAUGGGCACGCGCACGCCCAACGGACUCAUCUGGGGACACACACUUACUGACCUCAUGUGGAUCCAGCGCGUGCCAGGCGUGAACGUCCUUACCGUCUGGUCGCGCAGCAUGAUCAAGGAGUUCGGCGAGAACUACGUCGAGGCUGAGUUUGCAAAGCCGGAGCCGUGGCCGCGGCUGAGACGGCCGUGGCCCGUGCUGAAGCUGCCCGUGGCGAAGAAAAACACAGUGUUCCCGCCACUCGGUGCGCUCGACGAGGGCUCGGACCAUGAGGACGGGAAAGACUCGAUGGUGUUCCAGAUCCGGCGGGAUGACUCUGCUCCCGACGACGAUAUAGACCCCGCGGACGAGCUCAAUCCAGAGUCACUCAUCGCUGUCUACGGGGGCGCGCUCGUUCCCAAUCCCGACCCCAACGCCGAACGUCCCUCCGACACGCCCACCAUCUCGCCCCUCGGCGUCCCUUAUCUCCUGCUGUGGAUAGAGGAGCUGCAGGAGACGUUUCAGUUUACGUGGGGCGUUGAGGGCGCCGACCGCAUACGUAUGAUACGCAGUCCCGAUGGACGGCCGCUUGUGGUCGACGAGGUUGGGGUGCUUCCGAUCUUGGUCAAACGACUGUUGGAGGGAGAAGGGAAGGGCACGAGCACGUACCUCACACAGCGAAACGGCCGUCCGAUGAUCAUUCUCAAGACGUCGAUGCUGGACGAUAUGCUUGAAAGUGGAAAGCUCAACCCGGAGUCUCCGUCGGAGCCCGUAGCCGGCCGGUCUUCAGUCAAUAAGGGGAAGCAGACUGAGCAGCGUAAAGACCAGGUAGCAUCUGAGAAGGCGGGAAAAUCCAUGAGCGCGAUGGCGGAGCAGAUGUCUUUGAAUGAACCAUCCGCGAGUCAUGGCACAUCCGCGCCUCGACCUCCCGUAUCGAAGCAUGAUGUCAAAGGCAAGGGCAAGAAGAAAGAGGUCGACGACAAAAAAGAAGACCAAACGCAGAAGCGCCAAGAUCCCUCGAAGCAUCGAGGGAUUUGUUCGUCGUCGGCAAAAGAGCUCUGUUUUGACAAGCAGUACAUCGCGAAGAUCCCGAAGCUAGAAGAGUCCAUCCCAGACAAGUACUUCCCCGACACACUGAUGGUGCACCGGAUGAAUCAGUACGUGCGCGUUUUUCCCGGGUUCACGCGCGACGAUGACCCGUCGUCAACCUCGACCUCCAAUACCGCCCAUCUCUGGCUCUCCGAAAACGCUGUCCUUGGCAAGGGGCACCACUCGGUCGUGUAUACUGCCCCUCUGACGCUCCCCCCGCCUCUCAGCGCAUGCGGCCCACACCAACAGGUCACCGUCGCGGCGAAGACCGCGAACGGCACCGUCUCCGCGCGCAAAUUCCUGCGGAAUGAGGCGCGCGUUUUUAACAUGUUCCCGAGGCACCUGCAGGAGGAAUGGUGCGGGUACAAUCUGGUGACGCCCAUCCGGCACCCCGUCCCCGUCGGCGCUGUCGUGCCCAAGUUUUACGGGUACUACGUGCCCGUGGGGGAGAAGGGCGGAAAGAAGGACUGGGACAAGACGUGGGAGGGGUAUGAUGAGGACGAUGAUAGGUCUGUGGGCCAUUUGAGCCCUGUGCUGCUCAUGGAGGAGUGCGGGACGCCGAUUGAGCCAGAGAAGUUUUCGAUAGACGAUCGAUCCGAGUGCUACUCGCUCAUCCUGCGGCUGCACAUCGAGAGCUUCGUCCAGGGCUCGAUGUACGUGCGGAACGUGCUCUGGCAGCCGGGCCCUUUGACGAAGCCGCCGAGCGAACGGUCGCGCAAGACGCCGAGCUUCCGGAUCAUCGACUUUGGGCGGGCGGAGCACUUGAGCGAUCAUAUCCGUGAGGGGCAGACGAAGGAGGUUAUGAGGGAGAAGGUAAAGUUGGUGGAGGAGUACGUUGAGGCGGAGGAGAAGAGGGCGCAGAAGGAGCUGCUGAUGGAGGACUUCAAUUAUUGAGUGAGUGGGGAUCAAUGGUUUGUGGAAGGUCGUGUUUGUGAUGGGUGUCUUUUGGGAAGAUUUUGGGAAGUUUAAACGCGCAUGUAACAUAGUGGUCAGUGGUUUUCUAUGCCUGUGUGCGAUGCAGGCACGCAUCGGAUUUCGUCUGAAGAGGGCCGAGAUCUACGAUGUUUCGAUAACGUUUAAGUUGGGACGAUCACACGGAUGUCACUUCCUUCACAACUGGUGGUGCCCACGUCGACGUAGUAUGACUGUAUAAGAGGACAUGAUUCCUUGC